AUGUCCCUUCUCCUCCGAUCCCUCCCUCUGAUCACCGUCCGUUCUAGACAGUCUCUGCCUCUCAUCCACUCCGUUUUCAAGUCCCGAUUUCCAAACCCACUCCUUAAAACCGGACGAUACGCUUCUUCUGUUUCUGCUUCUGCCUCCGCUUCUCCCCCUCCUCCCUCAGCAGAAACGCUUCCAAGGCCUCAAAUUCCGUUUACGGAUGCUCUUGAUUGGGUUUCCCGUACUGGCCUCUGCGGAGACUUGUCAACCGACGACGUGGGUAAGCGUGUUCGCCUCUGUGGGUGGGUUGCUUUGCACAGAGUUCAUGGAGGCCUCACGUUUCUUAAUCUCCGAGACCACACUGGCAUUGUCCAGGUGACGACACUUCCUGAUGAUUUCCCAGAGGCUCAUUCCGUCGUAAAUGACCUGAGGGUGGAGUACGUAGUUGCUGUAGAGGGUAUUAUCCGGUCUAGGCCUAGUGAGUCUGUGAAUACAAAAAUGAAAACGGGCUUGAUCGAGGUAGCAGCAGAACAUGUUCAAGUCUUGAAUGUGGUUAGAACCAAGUUGCCUUUCUUAGUUACCACUGGAGAUGAUGCUAAAGAUUCAGUGAAGGAAGAGAUUCGAUUGAGGUAUAGAUGCCUUGACCUACGUAGGCAACAAAUGAGUACCAACAUAAUGCUCCGUCAUAGGGUGGUAAAACUCAUCCGGAGGUUUCUGGAAGACUUGCAUGGAUUUGUUGAGAUUGAGACUCCAGUACUAUCGAGAUCUACUCCAGAAGGCGCUCGGGAUUAUUUGGUGCCGUCAAGAGUUCAGUCAGGAACAUUCUACGCUUUGCCACAAAGUCCACAACUUUUUAAGCAGAUGUUGAUGGUCUCUGGUUUUGACAAAUAUUAUCAAAUGGCAAGAUGCUUUAGAGAUGAAGACUUAAGGGCAGAUAGGCAACCUGAGUUCACACAGCUGGAUUUGGAAUUGGCUUUCACUCCUUUGGAGGAGAUGUUAUCACUGAAUGAAGAUCUGAUUCGUAAGGUUUUUUUGGAGAUUAAAGGUGUUCAACUACCUGAUCCGUUCCUCAGACUUACAUAUGCUGAAGCUAUGAGUCGAUACGGCUCUGACAGACCAGACACGAGAUUUGAGCUUGAAUUGAAAGAUGUGUCAGAUAUUUUUACAGAGACCCCUUUUAGGGUUUUUGCAGAUAACUUGAAGAGUGGUGGGAUUGUGAAAGCAUUAUGUGUUCCUUCAGCUGCUAAAAGUUACUCGAACUCAGCUCUGAAGAAAGGUGAUAUUUACAAUGAGGCAAUUAAAUCUGGGGCAAAGGGUUUGCCUUUCCUAAAGGUCUUGGAUAGUGCUGAAUUGGAGGGAAUACCUGCAUUAGUAUCUGGUUUGGACCCAUCAAGAAAAGAACAACUGCUGAAAAGAUGCUCUGCAGGACCAGGGGAUCUUAUUUUGUUUGCAGUUGGUCAUCAUGCAUCAGUCAAUAGAACCCUAGACCGUCUUAGACAAUUUGUUGCCCAUCAACUGGGCCUGAUUGACCAUUCCAGGCAUUCGAUUCUGUGGAUAACUGAUUUCCCGAUGUUUGAAUGGAAUGAUAUGGAGGAAAGGCUCGAGCCAUUACACCACCCAUUUACAGCGCCUAACCCUGAGGAUAUGAAUGAUCUAGCCUCAGCUCGUGCCCUUGCUUACGACAUGGUUUACAAUGGCAUUGAGAUUGGUGGAGGGAGUUUGAGAAUCUACAAACGUGAGAUUCAACAGAAGGUGUUGGAGAUCAUUGGCAUAUCCCAUGAACAGGCUGAAUCAAAGUUUGGUUAUCUUCUGGAAGCUCUGGACAUGGGUGCCCCUCCACACGGCGGCAUUGCUUAUGGGUUGGAUAGAUUGGUCAUGCUGCUGGCCGGUGCGAACUCCAUAAGGGAUGUGAUAGCUUUCCCGAAGACGACAACAGCUCAGUGUGCACUUACACGAGCACCAUCGGAGGUGGAUCCUCGGCAGCUCAAAGAACUCUCCCUCCUUCUUGCUCAACAUUAA